CUAUUUUAUCAAAUUGGAUUCUUACUGACAAUUUAUUUAUUUAUUUAUUUUUUGAUUUGCUUAUCUGGCGAUUGCAAAGACUUGUGGUACAUUAAAUUCUUGGAAACACCAAUCCGGAAAUCCAGAAAUCCAAAGGGUUUUGGAUUUGCGGAAUAUGCUAAUGCUGAUAGUGUACUGCGUGCUUUGCGUGUACUUGGUGGUGAAGGUUCAGGUGAUGGUAAAAAAGAUAGGGGAGUUGUUGGAGGAAGGUACUAAUUAAUAGUUAAAGCCGAUGAGAAUACAAGAAAAUAUCUUGAUCAAUAUGAAGGCUUAAUUAUAGAAUGAUACAGAAUUAGACAAAAAUGCCUUGUUAUCAGUUAUAAUCGUUGUUGAAGACAUGACUAAACCACAGGAUAGAAGAUAUUUGUCACCAAUAAAUUCUCAGCAUGAAAAUAAAUUAGCUCUUCGAACAUCACCAGUUAUAGAAAUAAA